AUGUCCAAAUUAAUUACUUACACCAACCCAGAAAUCACCACUCCCCAUCCGGGUUCAACUGUUAGCUUACCACUCGGGUUUGGACCUGUUGACUUGAAAUCACCAAGAAUCUUCUUCUUUGAUAUCGAUAAUUGUUUGUACAAAAGGUCAACUAAGAUUCACGAUAUGAUGCAAGUGAAAAUCCAUGAUUAUUUUACCAAAACCUUAAAUUUAAAUGACGAAGAUGCCCAUUCUUUACAUAUGAACUAUUAUAAGACUUACGGGUUAGCUUUAGAAGGGCUCGUUAGAAAUCAUAAAGUAGAUGCUUUAGAAUAUAAUUCAGUAGUAGAUGAUGCAUUAGAUUUAAAUUCCGUGUUAAGUUACGACGAAAAGUUACGUAAUAUGUUGAUUAACAUCAAGAAGUCAGGAAAAUAUGAUACUUUUUGGUUAUUAACCAAUGCUUAUAAAAACCAUGCUCUCAGAGUGGUUCUGUUCCUCGGAAUCGGUGAUUUAUUCGAUGGUUUGACAUAUUGUGAUUACUCACAAUCUCCAAUUAUUUGUAAACCUAUGUUACCAUUUUUUGACAACGUUGUCAACAUCACUGGAAGCAAAGAUGCUAAGAAGAUCUCAUUCAUCGAUGAUAGUGAAAUAAAUGUUAAGGCUGCUUUCAAAUUAGGUUGGGGUAAAGUUUACCAUUACAUUGAAAUUGAUGAGGAGUAUGAAAAAAUUAAAGCCAAAGAAGAUUUCGAUGAAUUUUAUGGUGAAGAUAAAAUCAUCGUUCUUAGAGAUAUUUUAGAUUUAGAAAAAUUUGCUUAG